AUGGUGUCUUCCUCCAUAUUUCAGCUUCUUGUUUCAUUCUCUUUUGUUUGCUUUUUCUUCUUGCAAGUGCAACCAUCCUAUGCCAUUGGAAAGUCCUAUGUUGUUUACUUAGGAGCACACUCUCAUGGUCCAAAUCCGUCUUCUGUUGAUUUAGACUAUGCAACAAAAUCUCACUAUAGUUUAUUGAGCUCAAUCCUAGGGAGCAAUGAGAAAGCAAAGGAUGCAAUUUUCUACUCCUAUAACAGACACAUCAAUGGUUUUGCAGCAAUAUUGAAAGAUGAAGAAGCAGAUGAGCUUGCAAGAAAUCCAAAUGUAGUGUCUGUAUCUUUGAACAAAAUGCAUCAAUUGCAUACAACAAGGUCAUGGGAAUUUCUUGGAGUAGAAAGAAAUGAAAUAAUUCCUAAGGAAUCCAUUUGGGAGAAGGCAAGAUAUGGUGAAGACACAAUCAUUGGUAACCUUGAUACAGGUGUAUGGCCAGAAUCUCAAAGUUUUGGGGACCAAGGAAUGGGCCCCAUUCCAUCAAAGUGGCGUGGAAAUGGGAUAUGUCAAUUUGACACUUUUAUUGGCUCAAGAAAAACUCAUUGUAACAGGAAGCUAAUUGGAGCAAGAGCUUUCUACAAAGGUUAUGAGGCAUAUGUAGGCAAACUUGAUGCAUCAUUUUACACUGCACGUGACACAAUAGGCCAUGGUUCUCACACUCUAUCAACAGCUGGUGGUAAUUUCGUUCAAGGAGUAAGUGUUUAUGGAAAUGGUAAUGGCACUGCAAAAGGUGGUUCUCCAAAAGCUCAUGUUGCAGCCUACAAAGUGUGUUGGAAAGGUGGCUGCUCAGAUGCAGAUGUCUUAGCUGGUUUUGAAGCUGCCAUAAGUGACGGUGUUGAUGUGCUCUCAGUUUCUCUUGGUAUGAAGACUCAUAACCUUUUUACAGAUUCAAUAUCUAUAGGUUCCUUUCAUGCAGUAGCAAAUGGUAUAGUAGUAGUUGCUUCUGCUGGAAAUUCUGGUCCUUAUUUUGGAACUGUUUCGAACGUGGCACCUUGGUUAUUCACGGUUGCUGCUAGCACAAUUGAUAGAGACUUCGCCAGUUAUGUUACACUAGGUGAUAACAAGCACUUUAAGGGAACUAGUCUUUCAUCUAAGGACUUGCCAACACACAAAUUCUAUCCUUUGAUUAGUGGUGAACAAGGAAAACAUUUCUAUGCUCUAUCUAGGGAUGCGAAGUUCUGCAGAUAUGGAACACUUGAUGUUGAAAAGGUGAGGGGAAAAAUAGUUGUUUGCCUUGAAGAUGUGUACUUUGGAACUAUUCCAGGUCCAGAAGCUUCUUCUGCAGGAGCAGUAGGAAUGAUUUUGGCCAGUGAUGAUGAAAGUUAUUAUGAUUUUAUUGCUUACCCUCAUGCUUUACCUACUUCACAAGUCAAUUAUAUUGAUAGUCAAUAUAUUUACUCCUACAUCAAAAAUGAAAAGAACCCUGUUGCUUACAUAACAAAAGCAAUAACAGAAAUUCCAAUAAUUCCAGCUCCAGUGAUUGCUUCAUUUUCAUCAAGGGGACCUAGCACCAUUAUUCCAUCCAUUCUAAAACCAGACAUCACUGCACCUGGAGUGAACAUAAUUGCUGCUUACACAGAAAUCAAUAGAAGGAUUUCGUACAAAUCCUUGUCUGGAACUUCUAUGGCAUGCCCUCAUGUGUCUGGCAUAGCAGGCCUUCUCAAAACACUUCAUCCUAAAUGGAGUCCAGCAGCUAUCAAAUCAGCUAUUAUGACCACGGCAAGCAAAAUGGAUAACAGUAAAAGACCUAUCAAGGAUCGAUUCGGUGAAAAUGCAACUCCAUUUGCAUAUGGUUCGGGUCACGUUCAACCUAAUCUUGCUAUAGACCCUGGACUAAUUUAUGAUCUUAAUAUUGUUGAUUACUUGAGCCUAUUAUGUGUUUAUAAUAAAAACUAUAAACAAAUUGAGGCUAUUUAUAAAAAGCCUUUCAUUUGUCCUGAGUCCUACAAUGUGGUGGAUUUGAACUACCCUACAAUCACAAUACUCAAUCUUGGGGACAAAAUCAUAAAAGUUAGUCGAACUGUUACAAACGUUGGUCCUCCAAGUACAUAUUACGUGCAAGCCAAGGCGCCUGAUGGAGUUUCAGUUUCGAUUGAGCCAAGUUACUUGAGCUUUAAGGAAGUUGGUGAAAAGAAAUCAUUCAAGGUUAUUGUGAUGAAAGCAAUGGAAAAUGGUGAUGCUACAAUGGAUUAUGUUUUUGGGGAAUUAUUGUGGUCAAAUGGAAAGCAUAGAGUUAUGAGUACUAUUGCAGUGAAGCUCAAGUAAAAAAAAAUGUUACAAGUUUUUCAGUAAAAAAAAAAACAAAUGUUAGAAAUGAUCUCUAACAUCUUAUAUGAACAAAGUUAUAUAUAGGCCUAAAUUGAAUAUGAAGGUAGGGUCUUGACUUGACUAAAAUACAUUACAAUGAUAACAUCUUAUCAGUUCUGGAUAUGAUUCUUGGUGGCAUUAAUGUGCCCAUAUAAA